CUAUGGGAACGGCGGGCGGCUGAGCGAGGCGGGGCCUUGCGGUGCCGGGUCCCGACCGAGUCCUCCGGGCAGCACCCGGUGUCCCUCCCGGCCGUAGUGCUCGUCCCAGGAGGUGCCGCCUGGCCAGCCGGGGGCGAAGGACCGGGCUGUGCGCUAUUUCUCUGCGUCAAAAUUUCGCCAGGUUGGAAGUGCAUCAGUUGUGAUUGACGGGUGCUGUGGAACUUUUUCAAUUGCAUUGUAAUAGAGGGAAGAGUAAGAAGCAUAGAGAACAAAAUUCAGUCACAGUGAAGUACUUUGCAUAGGAAUGCAAGCUUCAAUGACUGAAAAUAGAAGAAAAGCAGAACCAUUCUACUGGCUGUCAGUGGCAAACCCUAGGACCAGUUCUGAGAUUGUAAAUGAAGCCAGAGAUGUUCUACGAACAGUAAAAACUCAAAGAGUAUUCACACCUACAGACGAACAAAGGAAACUUUUUGGGUCUCAAUCCUCACUAUGUCCUCAAAAUGGACCCUCUUCAGUUUUUAGUUCUGAUUUGCCUGAAUCAAGGCCGCCUUCUGGUGUUUGUCUAAGCCCACUGGCUGAUAAACCAACAUUAAUAAUUUCUGAAAAGAAAGAUGAAGCUGCUUUUGUUUUCCUUCCAUCACCUCCUGCUGAUGCUGCAGAGGUUAGAAAAGUCAGCAGUUCUUGGAAAGGCUUAUUUAGAACAACUUCUCUGAAAGAUUUAUAUUCUGCUAAAGUGGUUUCUCUGGAUCAGAGUGGAGCGAAACUAGAUUUUGAAGAGCCAACUACGAUGAUGAAUAAUCUUGGCAGAAGUAAUAAUAACUGCUUAACAGAACAAAACUUGUACACAUCAUUGAAUGACGAGAGUAGACAAUUAAUUUGUAAUGAGCGUACCAGCAGAUCAGGAACUGAAGACUCCAUGGAAGGGACACCAGGAAAGUUUUCACUUCAGCUGCAAGGAGAAAGAAGUGUCAACAGUGAUGGCAGAUUUGCUGAUGAAGAGCAACAGUUUCCCCGUGACGAGAAGAAAGAGCCUGGCCAAAGGUCAUCACAGCCAAGCAUUUCAGGCUGGAAGACAAGAGUAACAGGCUUAAAGGAUGAAACAAGAAUAAAUGAAUGGGAAGAAGAAGAUUUCUUUUGGCAUACAAAGAUUCUACCAAUUCUGCGUGAACUGGAAAAAAGAGAAGACAAUAUAGAACAGCUUUGUCUAGCUUGUACCAAGCUCUAUCAAGCACUGGAUGAAGGAAAUAUGCUUGGAAAAAGAUUUAAAAGAAGAAACAUCCUUCUGAAGACAUUAUAUAAACUUGUAGACGUUGAUUCAGAUCCACUUUCCCUAAAGCUGGCAAAGAUUAUUCUGGCUAUGAAAGUAAAUGGAAAAGAUCUUCUUGGUGUUUGCAAGCUAGCGUUUAAAAUUUGUAGGAACAAAAAAAAUGAUUUCAUCGUUCAAAAUGAUACAUUAUUGGAUUAUUUAUUGGCGGUUCUGUGGAAUGAAGAUCUACAAACAAACAAUGAAGCUCUUGUCUAUUGCACGGCAGCUAUAAGAUUCAUGUCUGAAAAUGAUGCACUCCUUUAUAAAAUGGUCAGCAAAGGAGCUGUCGAAAUGUUUCUGGAAUUAAUGAAGCAGAUUAAUAACAUAAAAGAACAUGACACAUAUUUCUCCAAGUUGGACCAUUUAUUAGUCCAGGUGACAGCCACUCUGCACAUCCUGGCGGAUUGUCCCCUGGCGCGGCGCCAGCUCAGCGGCAGCGGUGCCAUCUCUGAGCUCUGCGUGGCGCUGGAGCAGCGCGGUAGCGACAAGGACGUGUGCAUCUGGAUUGUCAGGGUGCUCGGCAAACUUUCUACCUACAAUGACUUCUGUGCAGCUUUAGCAGACUGCUCCAGAUGUUACGUCUUAUUUUUAGCCCUACUAAACAAAUACCAGAAGCAGCAGGAUUUGGUUAUCCGUGUCAUCUUCAUUCUUGGUAAUUUAACAGCAAAGAGUGACCAGUCCCGGGAGCGAGUUUUUAAAGAAAAAGGAAGUGUUAACACUUUGACAUCCUUAUUCCAAACAUACUAUGAACUUGAUUUGAAUGCACUGACAUGGCACCGUGAUAAAAAAGGGAAAGGAAAAAAAGACCAAAAGUAUCCUUCAAAAGCAGAAGAUGUUCUGAUAAAACUGAUAAGAGUGCUGGCCAAUCUCUCCAUCCACCCUAGAGUAGGCGCAGCUCUGGCAACUGCCCAUCCUCUUGUAGGAUUACUUAUUACAGUACUAGAAUACAAGUCAGUUGAUGCCUGUGAAGAGUUGGUCAUCAAUGCUGCAACAACAAUCAACAAUUUGUCCUACUACCAAGUGGAGAAUUCUGCAGUUCAAGAUGAGAAGCUACACAUUGCUGAAAUGCUUGUAAAGCUGUUAAUGAGUUACAAUAUGGAUGCAGUUGUGGAGGCUGUCAGAGUCUUUGGCAAUCUUUCCCAGCAUCAUGAGAUCCGUGAUUUCAUCAUGCAGAAAAAGAUAUACAAGUUCAUGAUUGCUUUGCUCGAUUCCAAGAACCGAGAGGUCUGUUUUCCUGCCUGUGGAGUUCUGCUUAAUCUCACAGUGGAUGAGAACAAACGAGCUUUUCUGAUGGAAGAAGGAGGAAUUGGAAAGUUGGUUGACUGCUUACAAGACUUUGGGCCGGCAGACUGGCAGCUCUCGUGUUUGAUCUGCAAAACCCUGUGGAACUACAGUGAGGACAUGACGAGCGCGGCCUCCUGCUUUGGAGAAGACACCAACAUGCUGCUGCUGCUGCUCACAGCAUUUCUGGAUGAAGAGGUAGAGUUGGAGUGCAGCCUUGACAGAGAUAUAAAGGACUGCCAAAGAGUAUAUUGGGAAAGAGAGUUCAAACCCGUGGCAGAAAAACUUCUUGACAGAAUUCAAAGCCAUCACUCUUCCAGCUGAGUCUAUCACUCCAUCUUAAACAGUCGGGGGUUUUUUUGUCAGCUGAAGGGAAGAUAAAUGGCUUCAGUGUCCAUUUGUUUCUGGGAGAAAAGAAUGGAUUUGCUUUGAGAGAGUAUUAAAGAAAGAAUGAUGGGUAAGUAGUCCCUGUGGGGAAGAAGCUGGAGGCAUUUGUUCCUGGCAUUUGUGUCACAGCAAGGCAGGCAAACAUCCAGCUGUGCAGGGCAGGGUGGGGGCACUAGAAAAGGUGCCCGUGGCCAAGCCCUGUCAGCAGGACUGAUCAGAAUUGACAAGGGCUGAGUCUCUGUCACAAGGCAGCUGAAACUGAUGGCUGGCUCAAGUCAAGGUGGUGCUUGGGCAAUUAAGAUUUGUUCAAAUACAACACUAAUUAUGUCAGUAUUACUGAUCAAACUGUAACCAAGAGCCUGAAGUGCCGUGUCUGCAGCACAGGGCAGAGCUGGGGAUCUUGGGACAGCCACGAUCUGUGAGCUUUGGCCUUUGUGCAGGAAGAGGCAUGUUCAGAGGAGCUGGAUUGAGAAGAGGGGGCAGCACAGGACCCUUGAGGGGUCUGGUCGAGCUAUACUAGCCUCUGCCUUCCUCUGGAGAAAAACCUGUGAGUAGUAAGAAGCAGCUCCAGAAUGCUGGAUUUCAGGUAUGUUCUUAUGGCAUCAUUUACCAUUGGGUAUCUCUGCAACAGACCUUAGUGCAGCAUCUCUCUCAUGUCCAGGAGCCCAUUCCUGUUCUCCUUGGGGAGAGCUGCCAGCACCACAGCUGAGGUGCACAAGAGGCUGGGCUCUGCCAGAGCUGCCUGGGGGUACUGGGCAGUGAGGUGGGAUUGCCUGCAGGUUGUGACCAGAUAAAGCCACUCAUACAACAUAUCCACUGCAGUGCUUACUGCUUGAAAAAUGAGAUGUGGCUGGAGAGCAUAGGAUGGAAAUGGCCAGUUUGGGUUUCUUGGAAAAAUUCAUGCCUACCUUUGACCCCAGAAAGUACCUAGAGACUGAAGCACUGCAGAAACUGUUCACAGACUGGAAAGGCUCAGCUCAGCUGUACAAUGCCCUUAAGACAGGAAAGUUUUGCUCUGUUUUUGGAACAUUAAAAAUCCUGUAUUUUCAGUUAAGAGGAAGCACCAGAUGCUUCCUGUUAGUCACAAUUUUUGACAGUUUAUUAAUCUUUCUCCUCCAGAUCUUUUUAGAUAUUUUAGCUUCUUGGACUGUAAACUUAAAACUGUUCUCAGAAGGUUCUGUAAAAAGAGAAACCAGUCUGAGCUGAGACCCAGGCCAGAGGACAAAAAUUAAAUUGAUGCUGCUUCUGGGCUUGGGAAAAUUCAUUUCACAGAAUCACAGAAAAUCAUACAAUCAGCUGAGCUGGAAAGGACUCAUUAGCAUCAUCGAGUCCAACUCCUGGCCCUGCACUACACACCCCAAGACUCACAACUUGUGUCAGAGAGCUUAGUCCAAAUGGGUGAAAAUAUCAGCGGUACAGAAGAGGUGUUCCCACUAUAGUUAGUGAAGCUCUAACUCUGUUUUUAAACUGUUCCUCCCACCAGGAGUUAAAAAAUUAAUGGCUCGUGAUUCUAACUAUGUUUGCUCAGUUACUGUUUCAAACAUUUUAAAUGGUCUUAGAACCAGUAAGAACAGAAGCCUGAAGUUAAACUACACAGAAACACCAAGAGAAAAAGUUGUUACCUUUAUUUCAAAAAUACCAGUAAUACUGACAAAUUUAAAAAGCAAUUCACACUCAUACAAAAGUAUUCAUGUGUUCUCCAAAACCACUGUAUAUUAAAUGUCAGCAUUUAAAUCAUGUUUUGAUUUACUAAAAAUAGAUGUUUUUUAGCCUAGUUAUUUAAGCAACUGCAAAAA